AAGUCUGCGAGCCCAGUGGGGAUGGUGGAGCGAGCAUGUCAGUCUGGGCAGAAGCGCCCAGGCUUCCUGAAGGGGACGCUGCUACUGCUGCUGCUGCUGCUGCUGGUGACAGGAGCCCUGGUGGCCCUGGGCAUCCUCUACAGCAAAGGGAAGCAGCUGCCCAGCUGGCUGCGCUUCUCCCAGGAAGAAAGGACGGUUGUGAAACGAGCCAUCAAAGAGACCCCACAGACGAAUGAAGUCUGCACUACCCCCGGCUGCAUCAUGGCAGCUGCCAGGAUUCUCCAAAACAUGGACCCAUCCCAGAAGCCGUGCGAUGACUUCUACCAGUACGCCUGCGGAGGCUGGCUGCGGCGCCACGUGAUACCGGAGACCAGUUCCCGAUAUAGCAUCUUUGACAUCCUUCGGGAUGAGCUAGAGGUCAUCCUCAAAGGGAUGCUGGAGAAUUCCACUACCAAGGACCGACCAGCCGUGGAGAAGGCCAAGCUGCUAUACCGUUCCUGCAUGAAAGAGAGUGUGAUCGAGAAGCGAGACUCUCAGCCCCUGCUGAACAUCUUAGAGGUGGUGGGAGGCUGGCCGGUGGCCAUGGAUAAGUGGAAUGAGACCAUAGGUCCCACGUGGGAGUUGGAACGUCAGCUGGCCGUGAUGAACGCACAGUUCAACAGGCGUGUCCUCAUUGACCUCUUCAUCUGGAAUGAUGACCAGAACUCCAGCCGCCACAUCAUCUAUAUAGACCAGCCCACCUUGGGCAUGCCAUCCCGGGAGUACUACUUCAACGAGGGCAGCAACCAGAAGGUGCGGGAAGCCUACCUGCAGUUCAUGACGGCUGUGGCCACCAUGCUGCGGAAGGACCUGAACCUCCCCAAGGACAACAACUUGGUGCAAGAGGACAUGGCACAGGUGUUGGAGCUGGAAACACACCUGGCCAAUGCUACAGUUCCCCAGGAGGAGCGGCAUGAUGUCACCACUCUGUACCACAGAAUGGACCUGGAGGAACUCCAAGAGAAAUUUAACCUGAAGGGGUUUAACUGGACUCUCUUCAUACAAACUGUGCUUUCCUCUGUCCAAAUCGAGCUGCUGCCAGAUGAGGAGGUGGUGGUCUAUGGUAUCCCCUACUUGCAGAACCUUGAGGACAUCAUCAGCAUCUACUCAGCCAGGACCAUGCAGAACUACCUGGUCUGGCGCCUGGUGAUGGACCGCAUCGGCAGCCUGAGCCAGAGAUUCAAGGACGCCCGGGUGAACUACCGCAAGGUGCUGUACGGUACAACAGUGGAGGAGGUGCGCUGGCGGGAGUGUGUCAGCUACGUCAACAACAACAUGGAGAGUGCAGUGGGCUCCCUGUACGUCAAGGAGGCCUUCCCUGAGGACAGCAAGAACAUGGUCAGCGAGUUAAUCGACAAGGUGAAGGAUGUGUUUGUGGCCACCCUGGAUGAACUGGGCUGGAUGGAUGAGGAAUCCAAGAACAAAGCCCAGGAGAAAGCUAUGAGCAUUCAGGAGCAGAUUGGCUACCCCAACUACAUCUUAGAAGAGGAGAACAGGCACCUGGACGAGGAGUACUCUACUUUGAACUUUUCGGAGGACCUAUACUUUGAGAACGGUCUUCAGAACCUCAAGGCCAGUGCCCAGAGGAGCCUCAAGAAGCUUCGGGAGAAGGUGGACCAGAACCUCUGGAUCAUCGGGGCUGCCGUGGUCAAUGCAUUUUACUCUCCCAACAGAAACCAGAUCGUGUUCCCUGCUGGGAUCCUCCAGCCACCCUUCUUCAGUAAGGAGCAGCCACAGUCCUUGAACUUCGGGGGCAUUGGGAUGGUGAUCGGGCACGAGAUCACGCACGGCUUUGAUGACAAUGGUCGGAACUUUGACAAACAUGGCAACAUGUUGGACUGGUGGAGUAACUUCUCAGCCCAGCACUUCCGGGAGCAGUCAGAGUGUAUGGUCUACCAGUACGGCAACUUCUCCUGGGACCUGGCUGGCCAUCAGAAUGUAAAUGGACUCAGCACCCUGGGGGAAAACAUUGCCGACAAUGGUGGGGUGCGGCAGGCAUACAAGGCUUACCUACAGUGGAUGGCCGAAGGUGGCAAGGACCAGCUGCUGCCCGGACUGGAACUUACCUACUCCCAGCUUUUCUUCAUCAACUAUGCCCAGGUAUGGUGCGGGUCGUACCGGCCAGAGUUCGCCAUCCAGUCCAUCAAGACUGACGUCCACAGUCCCCUGAAGUACAGGGUGCUGGGCUCAUUGCAGAACAUGGACGCCUUCGCUGAGGCAUUCCACUGUCCCCAAGGCACCCCCAUGCACCCUAAGGAGCGAUGCCGUGUCUGGUAG